UUUUCACAAUGCUGUGGAGACGGGAGUAGAACAGAGUUGAGUAGGUUGAAGACAGUAAAAAAAAAAACAUAACAGGUGGUGAGGAAUUCAGGGGUUUCCAACAUGGCAUCAUGCGAUACCCUGUACAUCGAAACGGACGGCUCAGAGAUGCCAGCUGAGAUAGUGGAACUCCAUGAAAUCGAAGUGGAGACCAUAGAGACAACAGUUGUUGGAGAGGACGACGAUGAACAGCCCAUGAUCGCUUUACAGCCCCUUGACUCCGAUGAUCCACACUCAAUGCAUCACCAUCAUCAGGAGGUAAUAUUGGUGCAAACACGAGAAGAAGUGGUUGGUGAAGAUGAUUCGGACAUGCACGGAGACGAUGAUUACGAGGACCAAAUUCUUAUACCUGUCCCAGUCCCUGCCGCCGAAGAGGAAUAUAUCGAACAAACUCUGGUGACUGUCGCCGGGAAGAGUUCGGGGCGAAUGAAGAAGGGGGGAAGCGUGAGGAGAAAUAAAAAGAGUUACUUGGGUGCACCUGAGGCCAGUGGUAGAAAAUGGGAACAGAAACAAGUACAGAUAAAGACUUUGGAAGGAGAGUUUUCGGUGACCAUGUGGGCAUCGGAUGACAAGAAGGAAAUUGACCAUGACACUAUGGUGGAGGAGCAUGUCAUCGGGGAGAGUUCCCCUCCCGAUUACUCAGAGUACAUGACAGGGAAGAAGCUCCCGCCUGGAGGCAUCCCAGGGAUUGACCUGUCAGACCCCAAACAGCUGGCAGAGUUCGCCAGGAUGAAGCCACGGAAAAUAAAGGAGGACGACUCUCCCAGGACGAUAGCCUGCCCCCACAAAGGGUGCACUAAAAUGUUCAGGGAUAACUCGGCGAUGAGGAAGCAUUUGCACACCCACGGACCGCGUGUUCACGUCUGCGCCGAAUGUGGAAAGGCCUUUGUUGAAAGCUCUAAACUGAAGAGGCAUCAACUUGUUCAUACCGGAGAGAAGCCUUUCCAGUGCACGUUUGAGGGCUGUGGUAAGCGGUUCUCUUUGGACUUUAACUUACGCACGCACGUGCGGAUUCACACUGGAGACCGACCCUACGUCUGUCCGUUCGACGGCUGCAACAAGAAGUUUGCCCAAUCUACCAACCUCAAGUCUCACAUCCUCACACAUGCUAAAGCUAAAAACAAUCAGUGAACCAACUAACCACUGUGAGGGUACCCCCCCCCCCCCCCAUAUCUUCGCCUAAUGUACAGAGGAGAAAACAACAAACUCUAAUGAUGCUUAACACCAACCCUGCCACCUUGGCACGAUCUUGAAAGAAAAGCAUUACGUUUCUUCUUGUGAAGAUAGGAAGUUCUUGGACCUGCAACCGAUAAGACAAGUUAUUUAUAAUGCAGCACCCAAAGAGAAGGAAUUGACAUUUUAAAGUUAUGUUCUCCAUCAGCAUAGCAAAAUAAUUGCUUUUAAAUUUUGUACCCUUUUUUUUAGUGUGCAUAUUGUACACUUUCUCUGGCUUAGUGGUAUUAUGCAUGUUUGUUUUCCCUGGGGAUUGAAAUCUAUGAUGGCUCUUGGAGGAGAAUUUUCAGUUUAUUGUACUUCCUUGCUUUUCACCCCUGUAAAACGUUUAUUUGGAUGGGUAGGGUUGUUCUUUACAGAUUUUCAUUUUGUAUACUUGUAACGUACACAUGUAUUGGAAUCAUGUAAAUAAUGGCAAUGUGAUUUUAAGUAGUGGUUUUCUUUUAUCCCUGCACUGCCAGAGAGCAAAAACAUGUCAUAUCCAUCAAAUCCUUUCUGUUUAGUUGAACACACAAUACAACCAGAACUGGUGAAACAAUUGCGUUACUGAAAUAUUUUUUUACAGGCACAAUUAACUUUCGCUAAUAUUGACCUCCCCAAUAAUCGGCCAAUAAAAACCUGUCCAUAAGCAAGCAAUGAUUUGUUUGUUUCAGACAA